UUUUCAAUCAAGAUGGCGGAAGACGGGAAUUUAGAUGCUCUGAAGUGUAACAUAAACAGACACUCUUCAGGCUUCAUGUUUGGUUAAUCUUACCCCAUUAUGUUUUAGUCAAUGUUAAUAAAUACGAAUGCUUGUAGUUGUAGGCCUUGAGCGCUCCGAAAAUGUCUUCAGAAGCCAUUCAAGAUGCAUUAAAAACAUGCGCAACCAACCAAUCUAUGAUAGAUUUCACGUCCGUGCAUUUGCAGGAACUGAGGACGCAGUGUGCCUCAACUGACAAAAUUGUCCAAAAUGAAAUUAAGGAUGCCGAGAGCAAGAUAAUACGCAUGGUUGGAACACAGAUUUUAGCCAAAAGGAAAUUAAAUCUUGAUGUCAUCCCAGAAAGUUUAAGGGAUUAUCCAAAGCUUGAGCUUUGGCUCAAGAUUGUUGGGAUUCCCAAUGAUGCAAUCAAAGCCAUUUUAAAUGAAGGGCAUAGCUUCUCAAACCUGAUGGAGAUGGACAAUGAGACACUUACAGCAUUGCUUAAAAAAUAUGAUUGUUCUGAACUGGAAAUAAAAACUCUUCUAACAGCUUUCACAAAUUUGCUAUCAUGUACAGAAAAACAAAUAGUUGGCCAGUCUAUAACAGAUCAUGACUGGCAUUUCACAGACCUUGCAUGGUUACAGGCUGCUGCAGCUGCCUCCCGUUCCACCACCAAUAGUCCUGCUGCUGGCAAUUCACCCAAACACCAGCAACGGUCAGCCCCCUCGUAUUCUGCAAUAUCUAAUGAGCUGUUAACCAUGAAGAAUGAAGCAUUUAUCCAAAGAGGAGGAAAAGGACGGCCUCCGCCCCUUCACCCCAACAUCUCAGACAUACACCCUCCUAGAAGUACCCCCUCUUCUCCUAUUCCUUCUCCGCAUAAUGGCUCUCCCCCACCCCACCGCUCAAAAUCUGUCAGUAGUCCAGCUGUAAAAUACCCCAUAACCCCACCCCCAAUGAAAAAUUACAUGCUGUUCCCUGAUUCUGCAUCUAUAACAAAAAGCAAAAGUCAUGAGUCACAGUUAGCCAACAAGGUAGUGGAUAUUGAUCCAAUCAAAGGCAACAAGAAGAAUAAACCUUCAAGUAUCAACAUAAAAUUAGGAGGCAGUCAUGAGGUUUUGUUUAGCAGACGUCGUUUGUCAACUGAUGGCUCAGAGGCCGGGAGCCGAGGGCCAUCAGGUCAUACAUCCCCUGUUUGUUCCUCCCCAAUCCGUUCCCCGCCUUACAAGCAUGAUCUGAGUGCUGUUUUGCUUGAUGAACACAACAAGUACCCUAACAUGCUGACAGUUCCCAAGUCUCCCAAAACUCCUAAAAAGAUUAUCCACCACCAGAUAUAUCACAGAUUUACUUCUUCCAUGUUUGUGCUUGCUCCUUGUGAUGUCUGUAUGACGUUUGCCAUUCGUGGGAAAACAUGUAAAAAUUGCAAAAAAAAAUUCCACAAAGAUUGUGCCCAGCGUGCCCCUCCUACCUGUGGUCUUUCAGAUGCAACUGUUGAUGCUCUGCUGGAAUGGCAAGAAUCUCCAAUGUCCCAGCGUCGCUAUCAAAAUUCAAGUGUCUUCUAUCCUGGUCAUGCCAAUGAUUAUGAGGGUCUGAAGCCAGUCCUAUCCAUGCCCAGCUUCCCCGGCGGCCCUGACUCUGGUUCUAACACAUCGUCGUGCAACUCGUCGUCUCCAUCUUCCCCGGCCUGCCACCAAACAUCAUCUGAUACAAUUACUUCUCCUUCCCCUGCACCAUCCCCCUACAACCACAGAAAGUUCAAGUUUCCAGAUGUAGAUAUUGCCUCAACUUUGCCAGCUGAUUACAAGUCAACUGAAGGGAGAGACUCACCUGAUAAUGAUGUUGUGAGUACCAACACAUCUAAUGAUAGUGAUAAAACAUUAAUUGAUAGUAACACAUCCGAGCGCACGAUGCCGGAAAGAAAUAGUUCUGUUGACAGUCAGGAUGAUCCCUUCAGCUGGAACAGACAAAACAGUCUGGCGGCAACAAUGAAAGAGUGGGAUAUUCCCUUUGCUGAUCUCAAGUUUGGUGGAGUUAUUGGUAAAGGAAGGAUAGGCACUGUACAUAAAGGUAUCUGGCAUGGGGAUGUGGCUAUUAAACUUCUGGAUACUCCUGGUAGUGCAGAUAAUGAAGCACAGUUAGCAGCUUUUAAGUUGGAGCUGGCUGUACUGAGGAAAACUCGUCAUGAAAAUUUAGUAUUAUUUAUGGGUGCUUGUAUGAAGCCCCCUAACUUAGCCAUUGUUACCAGUUUUUGUAAAGGUGAGACAUUGUACACCAUGAUACACCUGAAUAAGAACAUCUUCAAGAUUAACAAGGCCAUUAUAGUUGCAUCACAGAUAGCUCAGGGCAUGAGUUACCUCCAUGCAAGAAAUAUAGUACAUAAAGAUUUAAGAACAAAAAAUAUUUUUAUGGACAGUGGCAAAGUUGUUAUAACAGAUUUUGGUCUGUUUCAUGUGACCAAGCUGUGUAGAGGUUCCAAGAAAGAUAAUUGGCUAAGUGUACCUAAAGGCUGGUUAUGUUACUUGGCACCUGAGAUAAUCCGCUCUCUAAAAGCCCUAAAGCAGACACAGUCUGAUCUGCCUUUUACUAACAAGUCAGAUUUGUAUGCUUUUGGGACUGUUUGGUAUGAACUGCUAUGCAAUGACUGGCCAUUCCGCAGCCAGCCAUGUGAAACUGUGAUUUGGCAAGUGGGAAGGGGAAUCAAGCAAUCCCUGAGCACUGUCACUGCCCCUAAAGAAGUCAAGGAAAUUCUAAUGUCUUGUUGGGCAUUCCAUCCUUCAGAUCGUCCUGAUUUUGCCAGGAUUGCCAAGGCUUUAAGCCUAAUUCCCCAGACCCGACUUAUCAGAAGCCCCUCACACCCGUGUCAGCUUAGUAGAGCCACAGACGCUCUCACCUACUCAUGACCAUUAUUUACAGAUAAACUUUGUGCAUCCAAGUUUUUAUAAUUCAACUUUCUUGAAGAAAAAAAAAAGUUUCUUUUAACAUAUGCCAACAAAGCAAGUUACAAGCACACAAGUACUAACCAUGUGUUUUAUUUUAUCAUUGGUGCUGAAUGUUCUAGUACUUUUAACAUGGAGUCUUAGAUGCUGACUGACUUUCUACAGUUUCUUUGAGAUUCCCUGCGCUAAGAUUUUUAUGGUCUUCAAAAAGGACGAGUAAUUUUAAUCUAUUUUAUCAUUCUGAAGGUAAUUAUUUGUAAAGGACUGAUUUUUUUGAUUCACUCAACUUGUAUAGUGAGGUGACACAUUGUAGUCAGCAAUCAGAAGGAAAUGAUGCUCUGAACUCUCCCUCUUCUGAGUUAUGCAAAGGUACAUAAAAUCAAUAGGGCUGCUGCAUUCUAUCAGAGGCUUUGUUCCCAGCCACAGCACUUCCUGUUUGAUUGUUGAAUUUGUGCCACUCCAGCCCCAGAUUGAAACAACUUGGCCAGUUUUGUUUGUUUGAUUAAUUUAUUUCUUCUUUGAAUGGGAUGUGCUGAUUCUGUGAUGUUUCUUCUCAUAUCCUGGAAGCCUCUCCAGGAGACACAGUACUUAAAGUUGAACAAACAAAUGAAAGACAAUUGCUAUCAAAUGUGAUGUAUAAUUUAUAAACAUAGACAUUGGCUACUCCACAGACCUAGUAUAUGCAUACCAAGUUUGUGUGAACUUUUUUCUAUGCUAAACAUAUUUUGGGUCUUAUAAAAGCGCUGGCAGGACUGUACAUUUUAUUCUAUAGAGUCAUAUUAAGGUAUUUCCUCGCUGGUAUUACCAUCUAUUAGGUUUAGCUUUAGGGGUAGGGUAUAGAUGGGGUGAAACUAGUGAUUGUAGCAUUACAAAAAAAAGCCUUGAGUACAUCCUGCUAGCGUUUUAAUAAUUACCCAUAUUCUUUCUUAGCCUAAGUGUUGUAAGCUUUGUGGUGCCUGUUGACAUGCUUAGUGUGCAAGGGCAGGGUGGGAAAUGGGGUUGUUUUUAAACUAAGUUACACCUGUGACAUUGAUUGCCUUUAUUCUGUGCCAGGUUUUGUUUGUGUGUGUGUUUAAACUAUUGAAUUUUUUUUGUUGCCAGUUUGUGUAGCUGAUUUUUGUGGAUUAUUUGCUUCUCUUUGCUCUGUCAGGCUGUGUUCAGGUUUCCUCUGGUUAAUGGUUUAAUGGGCCUCUGGCUAAUUGCUUAAGGUGCCUCUGGCUUAUGAGCCUCCGGCUAAUAGUCUGAAUAAUGGUGCUUCAUUUUACCAGCGGCUAAGUGCAAAGUGGUAGAAGUUUUAAAAAAAAAUCAUGGCACUAAAUUAGUUUUUUUUUGUGCUGUUUAUUUUAGUCAUGAAUUUCACACUGCUGCUAGUAGUUUGACAUUCUUAUGUUAGCUACAGUAUUAAUUUCUUAUAUUUGAGCUUGGGAGGGAUUGUUUUCAUCACUCACUCAUUGAUAGCUUAAUUACCUGUUGCCAUAGAUAGUGUCCAAUGUUCAGAAUCAUUUGAAGAACUAUUGUUUGCCUGUACUCUGAUAUGUACUGUUGAGUUAAAGUGUGAUCAGUAGGUUUUUUGGGCAAGAAUUUUACCUUUCUGAUACAGCCAGUGUCACCUAACAAAGUUAGUUAAAUGUGGAAGAAAAUAAUUAUUGUUCACUGUGCCAGAUUUUUAAGGUUUGGGGGUUGUAAAUUUUGAUGAUUUUAUUGUAAGCAUUUAUGGUCAAAUUGGCCACAACUUUAGUGAGCUGCAUCUGAAGAGUGCAAGAUCUGUUUUAAAGACAAAUGUGCAAAUAUUGUUGUAUAUAUCAUGUUGAUUUUUGUGUAAAAAUCCUGUUGUAUUAAAAAAUGUCUGCCACUUUGCCAUUUGA